CACCAGCGGAAUGCGAAGGAGGAACUGCGGCUCCUCAGCGAUGUGUUUUCCAGCGCAGUUACGGAUUGCUCCCACAUGGGUCCUCUUGCUGGUCUUCCUCUCCACGGCGUGCAGGUUGUUUUGACGGCGUUCAAAAAGUUCGGUAGCACGCAGCUGGUGGAGGGCCCGCUGCAGCAGGCGGCGCGCUCGCUUGUGCUGCAGCUGCUUCGCUCUGCUUCCAAAGCUAAGCUCGCCGCGAUGGAGCCGAUGAUGGAGGUGGAGGUGCACCUCUCUGAGGCAGCCUACAUUGGCGGGGUUGUGGGCUCCCUGAACGAACGUAAGGCCGUCACGGUGGAUGUCCAAGACGGUGGGCGGUCGGUGAAGGCAAUCGUUCCGAUGCGAAACAUUGUGCGCUACACGAUGGAGCUUCGGAAGGCCGUGAAGGGGCACGCCAGCCUGUACACACGUCUACAUCACUACCGGGUGAUUGAGGACACGGCUGUCCUCUCGCGCAUCAUGAAGAACUUGGGGAUUUACGACGGUCACUGA